CAAAGAAGUAACCUUAAGGCUACUUUUUGAGCUGAUAAUAAAAUUCAGCCAAAUCAGCCGAUAAAGAGGCUGUUUGGUGAUUUUUAUGCAUAUUCAGGCUUAUAAGCUGAUUUCCAGUCCUCCAAACGGGCACUUAGAUUCAUAACUUGUUAGUUCAAACAAAUCCCACGUACAGAAGAAUGGGAAUGAGAAUACUUUAUACUCUCACUUUCUUGUAUCACCAAACUAGUUUUCAUUCUUUCUAGCUUUCACUUUUACACCAGAUUUCAUUGUAAAGGAUGGAAUCAAAAGUGAGAACGGUCAAACGCUGACUAUACCUUAGGCAAUUCACAGUCCCUUCUCUCUGAGUAUAUGUACUCCAAUAAGCUAUGAGCAUUUCUCCUGCCAAUGGCGCCUUCCACGCUAAAAUUCUUUGCCUUAACGGCUCUCCUUUCUAUAAUCUCACCGUCACAGUCGCAAUACUCGAAGAUCUGCUCGUUGCAAACCUUCGCCCACAACCAGAGUUUUGCUCAGUGUAUUGAUUUACCUACCCUCACCUCCUUCCUUCACUGGACCUACAAUCCCGCCAACUGCACUCUCUCCGUCGCAUUCGUCGCCGUCGUUUCUCCCACAACCGACGGAUGGAUCUCGUGGGCCAUCAAUCCGACGGGGACCGGCAUGAUCGGCGCUCAAUCGCUAAUCGCAUUUAAGGGCUCCAAUGGCGCAAUGACGGUGAAAACCUACAAUGUGAGCUCUUACGCUUUAAUUCGGGAGUCCGAUGUGUGGUACAGGGUACAGCAGGCCACGGCGGAGUCAUACGGCGGCGUGAUGUGUCUGUUCGCGACGGUUGUGCUCCCCCGGAUGAGUACGACGGCGAUCAAUCACGUCUGGCAGGUCGGCGCCGUCAGGAAUGGCGUGCCCGCCAAACAUGAUCUCCAGCCCGCUAAUGUCAAUUCCAAGGGUACUAUCGAUUUGGUGAUUGGAGAGAGCAACAAUGGCAAACCUGGAGGUGGUGGGAGGUUCACAUGGGGGAAGAUUCAUGGAAUGCUUUGUGCGAUCAGCUGGGGAGUUAUGAUUCCUCUUGGGAUAAUGAUCGCUAGGUAUAUGAAAAGGAUCAAUCGACUAGAAGAGUAUAUAUGGUUUCAAGCCCAUCGUGGUUGUCAGCUCGCUGCAUGUGCGAUUGGUUUUGUUGGCUGGGCAAUUGGCAUAUGUCUACGGAUCACCUCAAAGGGUGUUCAUUACAAUGCUCAUCUAAAUAUUGGGAUUGGAAUCAUAUUUCUUGCUACCUUUCAGGUAGUAUUUGGGUUUCAAAGACCAAAGGAGAAACACAAGUACAAAAAAUACUGGAACAUUGCUCAUUAUGUAACUGGCUGGUCAGUGCUUUUUCUUGGAAUUAUCAAUGUGUUCGAAGGGUUAAAUAUACUACGUCCGCCAAAGCAGUGGAAAAUUGCGUAUACAUGUAUUGUUGCACUAUUAGUAUUGGUUUCACUUAUAUUGGAAGCGAUCUUGAGGGAGAUGGAAAGGAAUUGAAAAACACCUAACCUUAUUAUGAUGAUCCAUGCAUGCAUGUAUAUGGUCAUGGGGUGGAGAAUAAUAGACAUGGUCACGGGGCUGAAGACAAGGAAAGGCUGGGAGGGCCUCGCCCACAAGAAAAAAAUUGUGAACAGACAACUCCGUCUGUGUAGAUAGAUAUUUAUAAACAGUAAAAAAUAUAGUAAAAUUUAAAGUUUCAUAUUUAUACUAACCUGCCAUUUCUGGCCAAGUAUCAUUGCUUGAUAUGAUGAGAGACUGAACUAUGUUAGGAUACGGUAUUAGACCAUUUGUAGUGGUCAAGAGUCCAAAUUGUUAAAUUUGGACUCCGUCCAUAUGAAAACAGUGUUUAGACUCCGUCAAUACUGUUUUCCCCUGCAUCCGUGCACCGUCAAUAAAAUACACUCUGCA